AUGCAGCAUCAAGAUCAGCGGAAGAAGAGCCCCAAAGAGAUGGAGUUUUUUACUGAGCACGGAGAUGCCAACAGAUACAAAAUUCUAGAGAUUAUUGGCAAGGGGAGCUAUGGAGUUGUUUGUUCAGCCAUUGACACGCAGACUGGGGAGAAAGUAGCAAUAAAGAAGAUAAAGGACAUUUUUGACCAUAGCUCUGAUGCUAUCCGGAUUUUGCGUGAGAUUAAGUUGCUUCGGCUUUUGCGUCAUCCUGACAUCGUUGAAAUUAAGCGGAUCAUGCUGCCAUCCUCCAGGCGUGAUUUCAGAGACAUUUAUGUUGUAUUCGAGCUUAUGGAGUCCGACCUUCAUCAAGUCAUCAAAGCUAAUGAUGACUUAACGCAUGAGCACCACCGGUUUUUUCUCUAUCAGAUGCUGCGAGCACUGAAAUAUAUGCAUACAGCUAAUGUGUACCAUCGGGAUCUUAAACCGAAGAAUAUAUUGGCAAAUGCAAACUGCAAACUUAAAAUAUGUGAUUUUGGAUUAGCAAGAGUGGCCUUCAAUGAUGCCCCAACUGCUAUUUUUUGGACGGAUUAUGUUGCUACGAGAUGGUAUAGGGCUCCUGAGCUGUGUGGAUCUUUCUCCUCCAAGUAUACACCUGCUAUUGAUAUUUGGAGCAUUGGCUGCAUUUUUGUGGAGGUCUUGACCGGGAAGCCAUUGUUUCCGGGUAAAAGCAUAGUGCAUCAGUUGGAUUUGAUUACUGAUCUUCUGGGGACGCCAUCGGCAGAUACAAUUUCUUGCGUACGCAACGAGAAGGCAAGAAAAUAUUUAGCAGGAAUGCGGAAGAAGCACCCAAUGCCUUUUGCUGAGAAAUUUCCCAAAGCAGAUUCUGCGUCACUUAAUUUAUUGAAAAGGCUGUUAGCAUUUGACCCCAAGGAUCGACCAACUGCAGAAGAGGCAUUGGCGGAUCCUUACUUCAAGGGACUGGCUAAAAUUGAAAGGGAACCUUCCUGUCAGCCAAUCUCAAAGUUGGAGUUUGAGUUUGAACGGCGAAGAGUGACAAAGGAAGACAUCAGGGAAUUGAUAUUUCGGGAAAUAUUAGAAUACCAUCCCCAACUACUGAAGGACUAUAUGGCAGGAAUUAACGGCAUGAAUUUUCUAUAUCCUAGUGCCAUUGGUCAUUUCAGGCAACAAUUUGCCUAUCUUGAGGAAAAUGAUGGAAAAAGUGGACCCGUGAUUCCUCCUCAGAGAAAGCAUACCUCUCUUCCAAGGUCUACUGUUAGCUCAAGUACUAUACCUCCUAAGACACAACAGAAUGUGUCUAUAUUUGAUAAUCAUCAAAAUACAAAAGAAAUGGCCACUGGAGUUAUUUCGGAGGUCAUUUCUGGAAAUCUUUCAAAGGUUUUACAGCCACCACCACAUAUGCCCAAUGCCAAGCUGGGAAGAGUGGUAGGGCCAGUUCUACCAUAUGAGAAUGUCAAUCACAUCAAGGAGGCCUACAACGGGAGAGUACAUGUUCAGAAUGCUGCUCUUCCAAGACCAGUCUUUCCACACUUCUCUACAACUAACUUGGCAAAGAAUCAAGAGAAGUAUCGGACUGAAACUGAGACGGAGUCAUCACAAGGCAAACAAGAAUCUCAGCAAUCCAUGCUGGUUAAAUCCACAAAUGGUAUGAAUAUUCCCAUCGAGCACAAAGUGAAACCUCAUCAGCUUUUACCUCCUAAAGUAACUCCAGGAAUGAAUGUUGACUUAAAUAGUAACGCGUACUACCUGACGCACUCGAAGGCAGGCCUAUUGAACAGUCAACUUGCUUUAAACGUGAAAAUGCUUCAAGCUCAAUCUCAGUUCAGUGCAGCCGGGGCUGCUGCUCACAGAGAAGUUGCUGUUCAGUUUGUACCAACUUAG